UUUAUUUUUGCUAUAAUAAAUGCUUUUCAAACUUCUCAUCAAAUCAAAAUACAUGUUAAACUAUCCGCCAAUUAAUUAAGUUCGUAUAAACUGCAACUAAAGUGAGUUUAGUUUAGAAAUUAGUGCAAGAAGUGAUUUUUUUUAUAAGUGCAUCCUAUCACGGAUUAAACAAUGGAUGGACAAGAUCAGAUGGAGAUGAAGUACAGUGGAGGGAGUGAGGUGGGGGGGAUGGAACUGUGCAUUGUUUGUGGAGACCGGGCCUCAGGAAGACACUAUGGGGCUAUAAGCUGUGAGGGUUGCAAAGGCUUCUUCAAGCGCUCGAUUCGCAAGAAGCUAGGCUACCAGUGCCGCGGCAGCAUGAACUGCGAAGUGACCAAACAUCAUCGCAACCGCUGCCAGUACUGUCGGCUACAGAAGUGCUUGGCAUGCGGCAUGCGCAGCGACUCGGUCCAGCACGAGCGGAAGCCUCUUGUCGACAAAGGAAAAAAUGAACGUGACGGCCAUGAACGGCAAGCCGCUUACUCCAAGCUGCUAGGAUUAGCUGGACAGGGCCAGAUAAAUCCCAAAGAAGAACCGUCAGAUGCGUUCGGUGCCGUGUCGCCGGCGGCGCCCGCGAUUAACUUCGCGCUCGCCGCCGCUGUCGCCUUCAACAAGGGCAACCCGGUGUCUCCCUACCUAGGCGGCGCCGUAGGUGGGGUGGGAGGGGUGGGCGGAGUGGGAGGAGAGUUGGAAGGUGCGAGGAGACAACAGCUCAUGCUGCAUUCGCAGCUUGCUAAGAACCUAUUAAAGAUGGGGCAAUUUGGUGCAAUAAACGAGUACCUGCAGUCGGCGUAUGGGGCGACACCACCCGAAGUGCCGUUGUCGGCGCUGCACGCUGCACAAGUCGCGGACACAGCUCAGAACGAUGUGGAGGCCGACACCAGCAUCCUCAGCACGCCGGAGUCCCUCCAGCUGAGCCUGACGCUGCCGCCGCCCGCGCCGCCGCACCUGCGCCUGCACGCCGUGUGCGAGGCGGGCGCGCGCCUGUUGGCCGCCGCCGCCAAGUGGCUCUUGGCCGUGCCGGCCGCCGCUGCCCUGCCGUUUGAAAUCCAAGUGAUUCUCCUAAAGAAAUGCUGGCCAGAGCUAUUCGUCCUUGGCCUCGCCAAGUUCAACCAAGCGCUGUCCUUAACGUCCCUACUGCCACUGAUGGUGUCCCACCUCCAAACCGUCCUUAGGGAACGGGCUACUAACACUGAUUGCUCGGAGCGAGGAUCUGAUAUGUUGCUGUGCAGAGCCAAGGCUAACAGCAUUGAAGAACUGAAGGACUUUCCUGGCUCUGACAGGUUUAAUAUCCUCUGGCUGUGGCAUGUGCCUUUCCAGUAUGGGCUUCGUAUGCCUGUCAGGGGUACACUUUAA